CUGAAGAACCACCCCCGACGUUCCGCCGACGUAGGCUAGCAGUGCGCAGCAAAUCCCCGCAGCGUGCCCCCCCGCCGCCGCUACCUGCUGCCUGCUGGCGCUGCCCGUACCCAGGUCGCCCUCAGCCGGGCAGCUCUCCCGCUGCCUUGUGGGCUGCGGCCCUGUAACGUCCCUGCCCUCUGCCAGCAACCUGCUCGUGGCUCGCCUGCUCUUGCUGCCAGGCGCCCGUCACGCUCAGCCGCGCCGCUUGCCGGUCCGCUCGCUCGACCGCCAAGGCGCCGACCCACUCGGCCACCCGCAGCCACUGCCAGGCGCCCACCACGCUCGCCCGCGCCGCUCGCUGGUCCGAUCGACCACGCCGUCACCCGCCAAGGUGCCGACCCCCUUGGCCACGCCGCCGUCCUCCACGGCCGACCGCUGUUUGCCUGCCCAGGAGCGGCACAACCGGAUAGACCACCGACUGAGUUCUAUAUUAAUUAUACUGCUAGAUAUUCUUGGGCGUUAGUGCCAUGGCUCCUCAUUACCAAGCUGCGACCUUGAUUGCCUCUCCGUCUUACCCAGACGCCAUUGCUUGGUCAAGUGACAAUCUUGUGGCUGUCGCAUCUGGUCACAUUGUAACUAUUCUGAAUCCAGUUGCGCUUGAUGGACCCCGUGGAUUGGUUGGACUUCGUCGCAGUGACCCUUUUCCUAUAGGAGUGGUUAAGAGAGAAGAUCUCUUGGAGCCAUGUUUAUUGCCCACUUCCUUAACACGUGAAACUGAACCAUGUGCCCGAUCGAUUUCAUGGUCUCAACUAGGAUUUGCACCUAACUCUGGGUGUUUGCUGGCUGUUUGCACUGCGGAUGGUCAUGUGAGGCUUUACCGGUCACCAAUUUGGGAGUUAUGUGAUGAAUGGGUUGAAGUCGCAGAUAUAUCACAGUUGCUGUUUAACUACUAUAAAACUACAAACUUCGGAGAGGAUAGUGGUUCUCAUUUGACUUCUCCGAAGAAUACAAAUACUGGGGAGACAGAGGCUUUAGGAUCUACUUGUGAAUUGCAAGAAUCUAUUUAUUUCAGGGGUCCUGGACAGAGAAAAAGAAAGUCACCAAGAGUUGAUGGUUUUAUUUAUGACGGCAAUGAAGUUGAUUUAGAUGCUUCAAAGGAUGCAGACUUCUCGAUGGAACCAUGCUCUAAAUCAAAGAAGAAAUCGUUGAAAAAGACUGUAAAACCCAGGCAUGAAGUAGUUGCUGUAAAUGAACGAAACAGCACAGGAAAUAUUAAAGCAUCAUUGUCUUCCAGUGGAGAAAACAAAUCUCUUCCUCUUAUCACGGCAAAACAGUAUGCUUGUCGUGCUGCACAUUUGUCUUCCCUUGUAGUUUCAUGGUCUCCAAUUGUGUCAUCAAGUGAUAAAACUUCUUGUUUAUUGAGGCAUUGGUGCAUUCUUGCUGUUGGCUCUAAGUCUGGAAAUCUUUCUUUUUGGAAACUAUGUAAGCCAGAAUAUUACACAAUUGAUGUUGGUGUGGUUACCAGUGAUCCAAUGCUCAUUGGGGUUUUGCAAGCUCACAAAUCAUGGGUCAGUGUCAUAACUUGGCAAGUUCUUUCUGCGGGCUCUACAAAAUCCUCGUUGCUUUUAGCUACUGGAUGCUCAGAUGGAAGUGUUAAGAUAUGGUUAGGGAAUAUUGAAGGGUUAAAUCAAUGUGCAAGUGGAGAAGAAGUGCCAUUUGUGUUAGUUGCUGAGGUCGCCACUGAUUUAUCAGCUCCUGCUCCAGCUCCAGUGUCGUCAAUCUCAUUAGCCAUACCUGCCCGGUCUCAACAUGAGGUUAGUUUGGCAAUUGGAAGAGUAUCUGGGUCACUAGAAAUAUGGAUAUGGAAUGCAUCUAGCAACAAAAUUGAGAUUUCCAGUGCAUGGCAUGCACAUGAUCAAGUGGUGACAGGUUUACAAUGGGCUAUGGAUGGCUAUUGUUUAUUCACUUGCAGUCAGGACAAUUCUGCACGUUGUUGGAUCUCUCAUGAAAACCACCUUGAAGAAAUUUUUGUGAAUUCAAAUUUUCCAGAGCUAAGGGAGUCAGCAGAUCUAUCAGAAGUCUCUGAUCGAUGCUAUGGUCUUACACUAGCACCUGGAGAACAGAUGAUUGCUGUGGUCCGCAGUUUGGAUCUGAACCUUUUGAACCAGAUGUAUCAAGUCAGGACACAAAAGGCGGUGGUUGAGUUCAUCUGGAUCGGUGGCCAAUUUGUUGGCAUUCCACUAGACAGGAGCAUUGAUAUUUGCAGUCCAGAGUCUGCAGACUUAUCCUCAAGUAACCUUAUGUGGUGGAGAUCCAACAUUUUGUGGUCGCUGAAGAAAUACGAAAAUGUUGAAAAGAGGCUUGUGUUAUGGGAUGUUGUAGCUGCGCUGCAAGAGUUAAAGAAAUCUGCACCUGCCUUUCUGGAGACUUUAGUGCAUAGUUGGGUCUCAGCUUUAUUUUCAGGCGACCCAGGGUGUGUUUCUAUCAAUGCCCCAUCAUGUUCAAUGCAUGACAUGAUGCCCUAUGUCAGCUCGCGGAAGCUACACUUACUGAACAUAAUUUGCAGAAAAGUAAUGCUCAGCAAUCAUGCACAGCAUGGUCCUGGUGCUGAAAACAGUAACGAGGAAACAACUGAUCUCUGGAACACUCUUUUGGUAAGGAGUGAAACAGAACUGAGAGAGAGGCUGGUGGGUUUCACCUUUGCUGCAGUCCUGAAACGGACAGCAAGCUUGUUCAAUGGUACCUCUACUGAAACUUGCUGGUUUCCUGUCGGGGUUGCCCAGAUGGAUUCUUGGGUAUCCAUGAAUUACGAAAAAGUGCAUAGCCAGCUGCAGUCUAUCAGAUCGAAGAUCAAAGAUCUAGGAAGCAGGAUUGAUGGAUACUCUGAUGUAGAAAGCUGCCCCUACUGCUCUUCGCCAGUCCAUUUCGAGUCGCCUGAUGUAGCCAUCUGCAGAGAAAGGCACACGCUGUCGCGGUGCAGGGCAUCGAUGAUCCUGUGCUCCGUUGUGCAGCCAGUGUGGCACUGCGUGUGCUGCGGAGGCACGGUCGACAAGCUGUUGCCGGAGUCGUUCUUCAGCAUGCAGACCUCCACCAUCCACGAUGAAGGAUCGCUCGAUCUGUCAGCAGCCUCCGUUGCACUCUGCCCCUUCUGCGGCAUCCUGCUGCAGAGAUCGAUGCCGGCGUUCCUGCUCUCCACCUCGCCGGUUUAGAGUCUUUGCAUGCCAGGUGUAGCGCGCAGCAGUAAUGUAAUACUAAUAUCGUUCAUUAGAGAUUAGUACCAAGUUUGUUCUAGUUGAUGCUGCUUGCGCUUACCAACUAUGCCCUUAGUGGUAGUGGGGCUCGAAAUGUUUGUGAUAGCUUCGGCGAUGCUUAGCUCGCCGCCGGUUUCUGGACAUUUUUUAUUGCUUUAUUCUUGGGGCCUUUUUGAAUAUGCAACUGAUGGGCUCUUUGGUUUGGUUUCUUUUGGACGCUGACGGUGCCUGAUUACCAGGCCUAAUUCAGCUAUCUCGAAGCGGACUCUGUCUCAUUCGAUUCAUGCUGGGGGCAUGCAGUUCCGCCAGGUCGAAGUGCAUAUAUUUUUGCUUCAAAGACUUCCCAUAGAAGAGCACGGAUCGAUCGAUCUGGCAGAAUGACAACGUGGACGAGGGCAAAGCAACAGCGAAAACCAAACCAGCCUGCCGACCACGCCAGCGGCCUCGGUAACGACGUGCUCGUGUACUCCUACAUUCCAGAGCUGGGUGACCCACGGUCUCGCUCUACGUGCAGUCGUCUACAACCAUGGGAAUGGGAUAAUAUUUGUGAAAUACUCCCUCCGUCCCACAAAUAAUUGUAUUCUUUAACUUCUAUAAUUAAUGUUUGAUCAUUUAUCUUAUUCAAAAAAA